AAAAAGCGUUUUGCACACGCAUUUGUUUGUGUGUCUGUUUAAGGUCGAAGCCUCGAAGGAACCGCGCAUGCAAUCUUAACAAGAGAAAGAAGAGACACUUCCAAAAAAUUGUCACACCACAAACCACCGUUUCAAAGAGUCUGCAACAUCCAUCAAUUUGGCUUUAGUUUCAAGUUGAAGUAAGAUGGGAGGGGGAACAAACAACAAUGAUGAGUCUAGUGACAGAGGGCUAUUUUCAAAUCUUGCUGGCUUUGCUGCUGGACACUUUCCCCGGCCUGGAUCACACAAUGGAUAUCCCCCACAAGGUUACCCUCCUCAAGGUGGGUACCCUCCCCAAGGCGGGUACCCUCCCCACGGCGGGUACCCUCCUCAAGGCGGGUACCCUCCCCAAGGGGGAUACCCUCCCCAAGGGGGAUACCCUCCCCAUGGUGGACACUCUCCUUCAGGUGGGUACCCUCCAUCUGGGUAUCCUACUCCCCCUGCAGGAUAUCCACCAACCGCCCAUCCGGCGGCUGGUGGAUAUCCGCCAGCCAGUUAUCCAGGUCAAUCAGCUCCACAUCAUUCAGGGCGUGGAUCUGGCAUGGGAAUGGGAACGAUGCUAGCUGGGGGUGCUGCCGCCGCAGCUGCUGGUUACGGGGUUCACCAUCUUGUUCAUGGGCGUGGUGGUGGUGGCGGCGGCUAUGGUUAUGGGGGUUACCAUGGUGGCGUUGGUCAUGGGAAGUUCAAGCAUGGCAAACAUGGCAAGUUUAAGCAUGGAAAGCAUGGCAAGUUCAAGAAAUGGAAGUAAUUAAUAGCUUAUCCAGGCAAAUAUAAUCGUCAGUUCAAGAUCUAAUUCCCUCUAUUGAUAAUACUGCAGUACAAUUGGACUACCAUUAUUUAUUCUUGGCCUUUUAUUCUUUUUAUUCUUUUUUUUUUCUUUCUGAAAGCUGCUAUUGUGCAUGUCA